UUCAGUGAACUAAAUUCUUAUCAUAAAAAUAUUCAGUGUCCUGAUGAAAUGUAUAACAAUUACGAGGAAUCCCCCAUUCCCCUGAUAGCAAAUUACGCGGUAUUGAAAGAUGCUGAAGAGGAAAAGAGAGAUAAUGACGACAGAGUGAUCCUAGAAAUCGGUCGACCAGAUGAUAAGCAACGGGAGGAGCUUACGUUUUCACAUAAGAAGUAUGACAAGACUAUUGCUCACCAUCGUUCGUAUGUUAUAGAUUAUGUGGAACCACGCAAGGUCACUUAUUUUAGGUCUCAGGAUUUGGAUGGAGCGCCGGACGUAGAGUCGAGAUAUUUCGAGCAUGACGAGUACCAGGAAAUCAGAAAUAUACAAGAGUCUAACAACUCUAGGUCCUCUGUAGAGUUUUCACAAGACUCACAGGACGCAGGCAAGUUUAUGGAUGAGCAAGACGGUCUUAUGGAUUGGAAAGAGAGAGCACUACAACUUGAAAAGGAGUAUAAGAAGACUGCAUGCGACAGAGAGCGCACGCGAAUGCGUGACAUGAACCGUGCCUUUGACUUGCUGCGAUCCAAAUUGCCAGUGACAAAGCCGUCCAAGAAAAAAUAUUCGAAAAUCGAAUGUUUACGAAUAGCAAUUUGCUAUAUUCGGCAUUUGGAGUAUAUGCUAGCUGGUGGCACAGAAGAAAACCCCGUGUUUCUCGAAGCACAUAGUCCUGAACUUCGGAGGAAAUCAUCAAGAUAUUAA